UUUUUUACUUUGAAGCGAAAGACAACUUUUCUUUCUUUUUUUGCUUCACCUCAUUUCAAAAUACACAGGCUCAGAACCAGGCUCUAUCAAUCCGUUGAAGAAGAAAGCCUAAACCCCUAAGCCAAUGGCCGAAGCUCUAAGCCCUAACCCUAGACAGAGGAUCCCUAUGGCCUCUCGCAUACAAUCCCCCACAAGCCCCUUCUUCUUGGGCUCUAACGACGACAGACUCGAGCGUGCCCAGGCUCGCGCUGCACGAGCCGCCGCCGUCCGCCGAAAAUCCGUCGCUCCCCAUGUGCGGCCGCCUACUGAUCCCGAUCCUUGCCUCGCCAAGGACCAAAUUCUUGAAUUGUUCCACAAUUGCAUCAAAUUGGCCAGUGAAAAUAAAAUAAAUCAAAAGAAUACUUGGGAGCUGAAUUUGAUAGACCAUCUUCGUGAAAUUAUUAAGGUUGAAGAGGAAAAUGAUGUGGAGACAAAUUUUCAAAAGGCCAGUUGUACUUUGGAAGCUGGUGUUAAGAUUUACUCAUUGAGGGUGGAUUCAGUUCAUUCAGAGGCAUACAAGGUUCUUGGUGGGAUAAAUAGAGCAGGUCAUGAAAAUGAGCAAGACUCUGCAGUGGAGGAUGCCAAUGUUGAUACUGCACAGGAAGGCAAUUCAAAGAAAGAGACAGAGAAAAAGAUGUCACCUUUGUCAACGUUGGAAUCAUCUUUUGAGGCUCUUAAUGUAAAGAAGUUUGAUGUUGCAUUUGCAGUGGAUCCACUCUAUCAUCAAACAUCUGCCCAAUUUGAUGAAGGUGGAGCCAAGGGUCUGUUGUUGAAUAAUCUUGGUGUUUAUGCUGGAUGUCGGGUUCUCUUUGAUUCGUUUGAAGUGCCAGGGAAGGAAAUGCCUUGUUCAAAUCAACACGAUAUAUCAGAAACAAUUGAUCUAUCUUUUGCUGGAGAAUACAUUGAGCAUAUGGUAUUAAACAUGCGAGCAAAGGAUGAGAUUUCACCGACUCUCAAGAAUAUAGUCAAUCAAUUCACUGAAGGUAACAGAAGGCCACUGGAGAACUUCUGCAGCCAGAGAUCAACUGACCAAGCUGAUACUAUAAACAAUGAAACUGAGUUUGAUGGUGUUGCAUAUGAGAGUUUUGAAACUGAUGCUUUGGAUCAUGAUGACCAAUCAGGCUUUGUUGAUGACGAAUAUAAUGGGGCAGAGCCAACUUUUAUGGGUUAUCAGGAGGUUACUGAGCAAUUUUCUUUCACCAAUCCUGAUGUGGACGACAGAUUUGAAAAAGUUGAUGAAUUUUUGUUUUUGAGCUUGGGAUUUUCUUCGAAACAAAAUGCUUGGGCUGGUCCUGAUCAUUGGAAAUAUCGAAAAGCUAAAGGAAAUAUCACAGGUUCUGAGGAUGUCUCUGCUGAAGAAAAUACAGCAGUGUUAACAACAAAGAAAGCCAGAAAUAAGAAACAAGUUGAGCCUGAUAUUGAUUUCACAAAAGCCUUGGAUAAUGAAAUGCCGGACAUCUUUGCUCCUCCAAAAAAUCCGAAGUCAUUACUUCUACCUUCAAACAGAGCACCUUGUAAUACAAAGCUUCCUGAAGAUUGUCACUAUCAACCAGAGGAUCUUGUCAAAUUGUUUCUUUUGCCCAAUGUGAUGUGCCUUGGUAGAAGGAGGAGAAAGUUGCCAGAUGAAUCAAGGGAGCAGUGUGAUGAUUAUGAACCACAGCCAUCCUGGGACGAGCAAAGCAUAUUUGGCGAUCAAUUUGACAAUGAAAUUGAUCAUAGGGAUGUUGAUAACUCCGACAUGCUUGUUUCUCAACCUCGUCAGGUUAGUAAAAUUGAAGUUAAGUAUGACAAGACCUCUAAACAAGUUGAUGUCCAAAAUUUGAAAGAAACUAUUUGGGACCAUAUACAACGUUCACCAGAAACAUCUUUUCAGUGUCAGGGCUCCGAAGAGAUGGUAUCUUUCAAGCAUCUCUUAGCUAGCUUCCCUGUUGAUUGCAUAGCUGCGACAACAAUUGAGGAAAUCUCUCCUCAUCUAUGUUUCAUAUGCCUACUACAUUUGGCCAAUGAGCAUGGACUGAGCAUCCACGGCUGUCCCAAUAUGGAUGACCUUGGUAUACAACUUCCUCACAACGGUAAGCGCACAAGUGAAGCGAUUUAGAUCGUCACUAAACUCAUACCGCUUGCUUGUAAAGAUGUUUGUCAACAACUGGGGUGCUGACUGUGAGAUACUAAUAGUAGUGUUGUAAGCCUAAUUUUGAUCACACUUCCAAGUAGGUUGCUGUUAAAGACUGUAGAGCUCAAGACUUAAGGAAUUGCUGCUCCGUACCUCGGAAGCCUACAUCCUUUCCAAACAAUGUCGGUUUUUGUUGACAGCAUAUUGUUUAAAUCCAGCUGAUGCACAUUUUACGAAACAGAAUUGGGCUAAUGUUACUUGAAAUCUUAUUUAUGAGAAUAAGAAUAUCAGAAAAGAAUGUACCUGAGAUGCUGUUCA